CAUAUUUUUGAAAACUCAAAUGCUUGGAGGAAGAAAUUUUGUAGCUUGGUGGGUCAAAUUUUACGGUUCUUAAUUCUUAUCAGCAAAAUUUCCCUUACAAAAGAGAGAAAAACAAAGAGUUUGAAAGUAAUUGGGAAAUAUCUUGUUAUCUCAAAUUGUGAAUUGACAGCGCAAUCUGCCCAAUUCUUCGAUUGAAAUUAACCAGAAAUUUUCUCAGGCGAGUUUUAGCGCCACCCGUAAACCUCCCAUCCUCUCACCGCCAGCCAUUAAACCCCAUCUCCUCUCUCUGGAAGCUUCAUCAAAUUCCAGUAAUGGAGAAGUCGGUUCUACUCCGUUCUCUCUCUUGUUCCACUAUGGUUUGCAAUAGAAUCCUCUUCCGCUCUGCUCACCGGUUGUCUUGCUCCACAUUACCGCCGUGUUCGUCGUUUGUUCCGAGGAAACUACACCGUUUGAAUCCCGGCCUCAGCAGAAGAUCGUUGCCGCGUCGUCAAUGGAGAUUACUGCCUGCGUCUUCCCCUUCUUGUUCGCUCCACUUCAGAAAACAGUUCUCGUCCCUGGCUCCGCGUGCUGUCGCUGCUUCCCCUGCCCACUCCCCUCCAGAGUUUGCUGAAGUUUCGGACGAGGUUGCUGAGAAGCUUGGAUUCGAGAAGGUCUCUGAGGAGUUUAUUGGUGAGUGCAAAUCGAAAGCGGUGCUUUUUAGACAUAAGAAGACUGGUGCGGAGGUGAUGUCCGUGUCGAAUGAUGAUGAGAAUAAGGUCUUUGGGAUUGUAUUCCGUACACCACCGAAUGAUUCCACUGGAAUUCCGCACAUAUUAGAACACAGUGUACUGUGUGGAUCAAGGAAGUACCCAGUGAAGGAGCCAUUUGUUGAAUUAUUGAAAGGAAGCCUACAUACAUUUUUAAAUGCAUUUACAUAUCCUGAUAGGACAUGCUACCCAGUUGCUUCAACAAAUGCAAAGGAUUUUUAUAAUCUUGUUGAUGUAUACUUGGAUGCGGUCUUCUUUCCGAAGUGCGUGGAGGACUUCAAGACGUUUCAACAGGAGGGUUGGCAUUAUGAACUAAACGAUCCAUCAGAAGACAUAUCUUAUAAAGGGGUGGUGUUCAAUGAAAUGAAAGGAGUUUACUCACAGCCUGACAAUAUCUUAGGACGUGCUACUCAACAGGCUCUUUUCCCGGAUAAUACAUAUGGAGUUGAUAGUGGAGGUGAUCCACGUGUUAUUCCCAAGCUCACAUUUGAGGAAUUCAAGGAAUUUCACCAUAAAUUUUACCACCCAGGAAAUGCAAGGAUCUGGUUUUAUGGAGAUGAUAAUCCUAUUGAACGUCUUCGCAUCCUCAAAGAAUAUCUCGAUAUGUUUGAUGCAAGUUCAGCUUCCAACCAGUCUAAGGUUGAGCAGCAAAGGCUAUUUUCAGAGCCGGUUAGGAUUGUUGAGAAGUAUCCUUCUGGUGACGGAGGUGAUUUGAAGAAAAAACAUAUGGUCUGCGUUAAUUGGUUGCUCUCUGAUAAGCCCUUGGACUUGGAAACUGAGCUUACCCUUGGGUUUUUAGACCAUCUUAUGCUGGGAACUCCUGCUUCUCCAUUGAGGAAAAUCUUACUGGAGAGUGGUCUGGGAGAUGCCAUUGUUGGCGGGGGGAUUGAAGAUGAGCUCUUACAACCACAGUUUAGUAUUGGAUUGAAGGGUGUUUCGGAUGAUGACAUUCCAAAAGUAGAAGAAUUAAUUCUAAAUACCCUUAAGAAAUUAACAGAGGAAGGUUUUGACAAUGAUGCAGUAGAGGCUUCCAUGAAUACCAUUGAGUUUUCCCUGCGGGAAAAUAACACAGGAUCUUUCCCUAGAGGGUUGUCACUUAUGCUUCGAUCCAUUGGCAAAUGGAUAUAUGAUAUGRAUCCAUUUGAACCAUUGAAGUAUGAAGAGCCUUUGAAGGUCUUGAAAGCCAGAAUAGCUGCAGAAGGACCGAAAGCUGUUUUUUCUCCUCUGAUAGAGAAAUUCAUCUUGAACAACCCUCAUCGAGUAACUAUUGAGAUGCAGCCCGAUCCAGAGAAAGCUUCUCGUGAUGAAGCAGUUGAAAAAGAAAUACUGCAGAAAGUUAAAGAAAGCAUGACUGAAGAAGAUCUUGCUGAACUAGCACGUGCUACACAGGAAUUACGGCUGAAGCAAGAAACACCUGAUCCACCAGAAGCUUUAAGAUGCGUUCCAUGUCUUUGCCUUCAAGAUAUUCCUAAAGAACCUAUUCGUGUUCCUACAGAGAUUGGGAAUGUAAAUGGAGUGACCGUUUUACAACAUGAACUCUUCACAAAUGACGUUCUUUACACAGAAGCUGUUUUUGAUAUGAGUUCAUUGAAGCAGGAGCUUCUUCCUUUGGUACCUCUAUUUUGUCAAUCAUUGUUAGAGAUGGGAACAAAAGACUUGACUUUUGUGCAACUUAAUCAGUUAAUUGGAAGGAAAACUGGGGGGAUAUCGGUUUAUCCAUUUACAUCAUCUGUGCGUGGCAAUGACAAGGCAUGUAGUCAUAUGAUUGUAAGAGGCAAGGCUAUGGCUGGAUGUGCCGAAGACUUGUUCAACCUGAUGAACUGCAUUCUUCAAGAAGUACAGUUUACAGAUCAGCAGCGAUUUAAACAGUUUGUAUCUCAAAGCAAAUCAAGAAUGGAGAAUCGGUUAAGAGGUAGUGGUCAUGGAAUUGCUGCUGCUAGGAUGGAUGCGAAGUUGAACAUUGCAGGGUGGAUCUCUGAACAAAUGGGUGGUCUCAGUUAUCUGGAAUUCCUGCGAACUCUCGAAGAGAAGGUUGAUAGUAAUUGGGCCGAAAUUUCUUCAUCACUUGAGGAAAUCCGCCAAUCCUUGCUUUCAAGAAAAAAUUGCCUAAUAAACAUUACUGCUGAUGGCAAAAAUCUCACAAAGUCAGAGAAGUUCAUUGGCAAUUUUCUCGAUUUUCUUCCUAACCAAUCUGCCCUUAAGAACAGCACUUGGAAUGCCCGGCUUUCUUCAGAGAAUGAGGCCAUUGUGAUACCUACCCAGGUUAAUUACGUUGGAAAAGCAGCCAACAUUUAUGAAACUGGCUAUCAACUUAAUGGAAGUGCCUAUGUUAUUUCAAAGUUUAUUAGUAAUACUUGGUUAUGGGACCGUGUUCGAGUAAGUGGAGGUGCUUAUGGAGGUUUUUGUGAUUUUGAUACUCAUUCAGGAGUAUUCUCCUUCUUAUCUUACCGUGACCCAAAUUUGUUAAAGACACUUGAUGUAUAUGAUGGAACUGUUGAUUUUCUGCGUGAAUUGGAAUUGGAUGAAGAUACUAUAACAAAAGCCAUAAUUGGAACCAUUGGAGAUGUUGAUUCAUACCAGCUUCCUGAUGCUAAAGGUUACAGUAGCUUGUUGCGGCAUUUAUUAGGAAUUACAGAAGAAGAAAGGCAAAGGAGAAGGGAAGAGAUUCUAUCAACCAGCUUGAAGGACUUCAAGAACUUCGCAGACACACUCGAGGCAGUCAAAAACAAAGGAGUAGUGGUUUCCGUUGCAUCUCCCGAAGACGUCGAGACCGCAAACAACGAACGCCCCAGCUUCUUCCAAGUGAAGAAAGCCCUGUAAGGGAACCUCCUAGCUUCCAAAAUCAACAAACAAAGAGAAGAACCAAAUUGAUUUCAGAGAGAAGGAAAAAAAGAAAGGAAGGAAAACAAAAAGGUACCAACUAGCAUUACUGAUUCAUUUUCCCAAUACUGUUAUGACAUGAACAAGAUACUACAUUCUUUCAGAAAAAAUGAAUAGGAGGAGACAAAAAAUAAAUAUUUGAGCAGCUGGGAAAUGAUUUAUGCGUACGGAAUGGGAUUUGAUAGUUUCAUCAUUUUAUGUGCUCUUAAAUGCUGCAGUGGGCUGUGUUUAUUGAUAUUGAAGAGAAGGAAUGGGUGAUGCUAUUUAAUUGUUGCGUCUUCUCUAUUCACUUGCUCUGUCUUUCGCCCCCUCUCAAUUAAAUAGAAAGAUGCAUAUUUAUAUACA